UCAGGAGUGUAGUAGGUCAUGGUUUCAACACGCAUUUCGCCUUGCCCUUCGUCCCUUCGCCGGCUUUCGCUUUUUGCAGUGUGUUUCAUCGCUUCAUGCCACGCAUACUGCAGUAUAAAAGUGUGCAUCCCCAGAAUCGCCCGCCUGAGUAGCCUGAAAGAUAAAGGAAGCACGCCAAACUAGUCGCUGCCAGGAAGUAUGGUCGUCAAGUAAGCAGUUUUGAUUCGUCUCUCAGCUGUCCUUCAUCAAUAUUACAGAGCAAACCUAAUGUACAAAGUUGGUUCUGUGGCAUUUCAACGUUUAGAAUGGGUGUCCUGAAGUUGAGCAUUCUCGGCGGAGCGAUAUACGCGACGCAAAAAGCCGGUAUAUGGGGCGAUAGUACGCAGACUACCGAAAACAUCAAAGCCUACAUCACCACCAACCCCACCUUGAAGUACUACUGCACGUUGGCACCAAGCAGAAAAGAACUUGGCAUGAAAGCAGUGGACUACUGGAAUGAUGGUGUCAAGGCCACAUUCAAGCACCUCCUGAACACGCCAGAAUAUACGAAGCAAGCUGCUUCGUGGUGUGUGAAUGCCGUGUCCGAGAUGAUGGAGGAGCCGAAGACGCCACCCGCCGACACCAAGAAGCCAUCAAAGUAACUUUCGUAGAGCCUAGGUGAUCAGCUGUAUUAAAUUGAUAGCAGUGUGCACAAAUAAAGCCGUAAAGCUGUUCUA